GGAGGGGACGGUAUCGGCUUGCUUUAAGCAUUCCAUUCAACAACAGAAGCCGAGCGAGGCAUAAUUGAUACCCCCCAACUUUAUUUUCAACUCCUUCUUGUCGAAGCGACUUUGCAGGAUAUACCUCAAACGAGCUCUCCGUCGAAAUCAAAGUUCAUCUACACAAGCAAUCAUGACGAACGACGCUGCCGGCGCUAGCGCCACUACUUCAUCCACCACUACCAAUGCCAACGCCAAUGCCACAAGUAGCAACAGCGAUGGCACCGCCGGCAAGGCCUCGUUCACAGUCAAGGCGGGUCUGGCGCAGAUGCUGAAAGGCGGCGUGAUCAUGGAUGUGACGGACGCCGCGCAGGCACGCAUCGCCGAGGACGCGGGCGCCUGCGCUGUCAUGGCGCUCGAGAGGGUGCCCGCCGACAUCCGCGCCGAGGGCGGCGUCUCGCGCAUGUCGGACCCGGCCAAGAUCAAAGAGAUCCAGGACGCCGUGACCAUCCCCGUCAUGGCCAAGGCGCGCAUCGGCCACUUCGUCGAGUGCCAGAUCCUCGAGGCCCUCGGCGUCGACUACAUUGACGAGAGCGAGGUGCUGACGCCCGCUGACGACGAGUUCCAUGUCGAGAAGUCUGGGUUCAAUAUCCCCUUCGUAUGCGGGUGCCGCAACCUAGCCGAAGCGCUCCGCCGCAUCACUGAAGGCGCCGCCAUGAUCCGCACGAAAGGCGAAGCCGGCACAGGCGACGUCGUAGAAGCGGUCCGGCACAUCCGGACAGUCAAGCGCGAGAUCGCCGCGGCGCAGGCAGCGCUGCGCGAAGGCGGAGAUCUCGCCCUCCGUCAGCUGGCGCGCGAGUACGGAUGCGACGCGACGCUUCUGAAGCAGACGGCUGAGCUAGGCCGUCUGCCAGUCGUCAACUUCGCCGCGGGAGGUGUGGCGACGCCCGCAGACGCCGCGCUGAUGAUGCAGCUGGGUUGUGACGGCGUCUUCGUGGGCAGUGGGAUUUUCAAGUCAGGCGACGCGGCGAAGAGGGCGCGCGCCAUCGUCCGCGCCACGACGCACUUCCGGGAUGCCAAAGUCGUCGCUGAGUGUAGCGAGGGACUAGGCGAGGCCAUGGUGGGUAUUAGUGUGCGGACGCUGCCGACGGAGCAGAAGUUGGCUGGGCGAGGCUGGUAAGGGGAAGAGAAAGCGGGAUGAAAAAAGAGCAAGCUAAAAAAGGUAAAGUCGAACUGAACAAGAUGGGAAAUUAAAAAAGAGGUUUGAAGCAGGUGAGAUUUUUGGGCCGUUUACAUUCAACAUUGGGAAUUGAUGGGCUUUACAGAAGGGGAUGAGUUUGGUAUCACACACUCACGAUGAAUGUAGUGUGUGGAAUGGAGGUCCUACUGAAGUCAUAGUCGCUAGCCACGUUCAUAUAUAACUUCUAGACUAGGGUCGGUAAAUGCAAAAUACUAUAAGACGUCUGGUACCUAUUCUGUUCCGACUCCUUCCCGUUGCUUAAACCGGUUGAUAUAUAUG